UGCAUGAUAGCACAUAGGCGCAGCAUGUACUGUCGAGGUCCAGUCUCCUCUGGACUGUCCCUUUCACCCUCCUGCUCAGACACAUGUGACUGCUCCGUGAACGAGGAAGUACGUCAUGGCAAACUCCCGGAGACGUCACUUUGGCCCGUGAAUCAUCAUGAGGCUUGAGCUUGAUAUAAGAGAGGCUGCCAGACCAUCUAGCCUCGCUCCAAUACAGUCUCUAAAAUCAUGUACACUCGCACAGCCCUCCGUACCACGCGCAACUUGCGUAUUCUCAAGCAGGUCCGUCACAACAGUGCCGGUGCAAGGCCUGCUACCGCCGGUGGACAGUCUGGUGCUGUCGCCGGUGGUAUUGCCGGGGCGGUCGCUGCCCUGACUGUUGGUUAUGCAGCAUACCACUUCUCAGGCGCUCGGGCUGCCGUUAAGAUGGCAUCGGAGACCAAAGCAACCAUGGACUCGAUGAAGCAAAAAGUACUGGAUGCCACACCAGAGCCAAAGGAGGCGCUGAGGUUUUUGAGGCAAACGACACAGUCUUAUGCUGCCAUGAUUCCAGGCGCUAAGCCAAUCUUGGAUAGUGCCUUUGAUGACUUGGACAAGUUGUCUGCCAAGCAUGGCGACAAGGUUGACAAGCUCGUCACAGAGACUUACAAUGAGCUGAAGGGUGUUGCUACAAAGGGCUCGCUUGAUCUCGAAACUGCCAACAAGGCUUGGGGCAUCAUGCAGUCCAAGAUUGCGCAGAUCAAGGAGCUCGCAGCAGCAGCAGGCGGCGAUCUCGUUGACCAGCACCCGGAACUCAAGAAACAAGCUGGUGCACGCUUCAACGACUUGAAGAGGCUCGCAGAGCAGUACGGUCCUGAGGCGCAAAAGGAAGUGGAUGAAAUGUACAACAAGGUACAAGAGCUUGCAAGCAAAGGUCUGAACGCUGGAUCCAUUGGCGAGAUCACCAAGCUUGCAAAUGACAAAUUUGCCGAAUUGAAGCAAAAGGGUGAGGACGCAUACAACCAGGGCUUCGAGAAGAGCAUCAAGCCAUUGCUUGCCAAGUCUCCGGAAGUGUCCAAGUUCUUCGAGGACAACCAAGAUGCCAUCAAGUCUGGCGAUAUCAAGAAGCUGAUCCCAGCCGUCAAGAAGGCUAUCGACCAGCAGGACUUUGGCUCUUUGCAGCAAUACGUGGACCAGGCGAAAUCAUACGCCAACAACUCUGGUCUCGGCAGCUACCUCGAUGCCAUUCCCUCUGGCAGUGAGAUUAUGGGCCACUUCAAGGACAUUCACGCCAUUGCAGACAAGCACGGCGAAGAGGCCAAGAAGUUGAGUGAAGACACCUUGGCUGAGGUCAAGCAGAUUCUGACCAAGCGGGCUGAACAGGCGCGAAAGAUUGCCGAGCAAGCCAAGAAGGAUCUCUAGAUCAGUAGCAUUAGUCUCAGCAUAGGGAGACUGUGUAAAAGUAUGAACCCAACGAGAAAAUCGGAGCUGUGUAGAGGAAGUA